UUGAAUAUUCUGUUCUUGACCUCAAGUAGUGCGCAGGUUAUUUUUAUCUCUCGCAUACGAAUGAUAUAGUUUUGAUGCAAAAUUUCUGGGUCGAUCGUAAAAAUUUGGGGCAGAUUCAUGAAUGUUGAAUCAAAAUGAUGUCAACAAAUAUGAAAGCCCAGAUUGAAGUUAUACCAUGUAAAGUAUGUGGUGAUAAAUCAUCUGGUGUUCACUAUGGUGUUAUCACAUGUGAAGGAUGUAAGGGUUUUUUCCGACGAAGUCAAUCUGGUCCAGUUAAUUACCAGUGUCCAAGAAAUAAGGCAUGUGUAAUUGACCGUGUUAAUAGGAAUAGAUGUCAGUAUUGUAGAUUACAGAAAUGUUUAGCUUUGGGAAUGUCCAGAGAUGCGGUAAAGUUUGGUCGAAUGUCGAAGAAACAACGUGAAAAGGUGGAAGAUGAAGCCAACUUGGUAAAACAAAGUCGUUUAAAUGGGUAUGAACUUCCUUCUCCUACAUAUAACAACAACAACAACAAUCAGUUUGUCACGUUAACAACACCAGGAUAUGGUUAUACGUCAAAUGGUUAUAGUUAUACAUUAUCUGGUAAUCAACAGCAAGAUUAUCCUGUAUCACCUGAUACAGCCAAUUAUCCUAGUUCACCUGGUCCACAUCCAAUAUCUCUUGUUAGACCUGUAGACCUCAUGGAUCCUAUAGUGACAUUUGGUAAAGCUAUUACAGAAGCCCAUCUUAGAACAUCCCUUUACAGCCCUGACCAAAUAGAAUCAUUAAAACAGCAGACUGUCAGUCAGGAACAGAUUGAUUCAUAUAAACUGAUGAAUCACUUUCAAUUAUGGAUGGAAAUUGCUGAAAAAAUUACCCUAGCAGUUCAACAAAUUAUAGAAUUUGCUAAAAUGAUUCCUGGUUUUAUGGAUUUGUCUCAAGAUGACCAGAUUAUGUUGUUAAAAGCAGGUAGUUUUGAGCUGGCAUUAUUGCAGUUAUGCCGAGCUUAUGAUGGAAUAACAAACAGUGUUAUAUUUGGAAAUUCAUAUAUACCUCUUGAAGCAUUUAGUGCUUUAGAUGAUGAAGAAAAGAUGGUGAUGGAGAAAAUAUUUGAGUUUGUGAAAGCAGUGCAGACUUAUAAAUUAACAGAAGUUGAAAUGGCUUUAUUUAGUGCUCUCAUCUUAAUCAGUGCCGAUCGUCCAGGAUUAAAAGAUACAGGCGAUAUACAAAAAUUGCAUGAAAAAAUACAGGCAUCAUUGAAGCUUGAAAUUGGUAAUAAUCACCAAGAUGACGCAGAGACAUUGGCCAAAUUAGUGGCUCAAAUCCCUGUUGUGAGAGGUUUGAGUUUGCUGCAUGUUCGUAUCUUACAAAGAUUCAGGGAUUCCCAACCAGAUGUCGAGUUUCCAGCUUUACAUAAGGAACUUUUUUCGGCAGAAACAACAGAAGCAUCGUGAGGACUUCCCUUUGAAAACAACAUCUCUGCAAGUGUGCUUUGCAUUUGAUUCUAAAGCAUAAAACUAUUAAGAAAAAAAUGAAAAUAUAUUUUAAAAGAAUGAUUGACUCUGAUUUUAAUCUUGAAUGAUUUAAUGGCAAAUAAGAAUGAACAAUGAUCUAUCCUACUUGGUGAAUGGAAAGAAUAAAAAUAUAUAUUUACAUUAAGUGCUUUGAUUUGACUUGUGUGGGUGGAAGGCGCCAUCAUGAAUAAUAGGCAGGAACUUGUUAUUAAACAAAACUGUGAUGAUAUGAAGCUGAUCCCCUCGUGUUAGAAAUGCUGUAUAUCUUGUGUUUUAGAUGGUCCGAUUCCACUCCAAAUGAUGUUUUAAGAGGAACAAGACCAGGCAUUAAUAAUGAUUAUUUUUAAUGAAUUAUUUGUUUUAAUUGUUUUAUAUACAAUUACAAUUCCUAUAUACACAUUUCACAUUAUUUUAGCUUUAAUAUAUCUAUUAUUAUGUUUCAAUUUCAAUGAUGAAAAGGUACAAACAGAUUUCUUGACAAAUGAGAAACAGGCAUUAAAAUCGAAAUAAUUAGGGAUGACCGUAAAUGGUUAAUUCAUGUCAUGGAAUAAAUAACUUGCACAAUGUAACAGAGAAAAUGUAGAUUGUCAUGUUUUUACAUGCCUGUCAUUGUUCCAAAUUAAAAUGUAUCUGAUUUAGUGUUCUGUUUAACUGAAGUAAUGUCUGAACAUGUCUAAAAAUUAAGUGCUAUCUUGUGUCACAUUAUUUGAUUUUAUUGUUUGAUUUCUUAACUGAUAUUUUAAAUAAAACACUUUUAUUGGUAUAAUUUCUUUUUCCUGAACUUUGGAUUCCAGGCAGGCCCUGAAUCCACUCCCUAUUUAGUGCAUUCUCUUCUUUCGUUGAAAAGUGAGGUAAAACCCAAGUCUGUAUUUAACUUGAAGUAGUAGAUCCAGAUGAAGACAUCAUCAUUGUGAAAAUGAAAUAAUGUGUAAUUUGGGGGGGUACUGAAUUGGAUUUUCAAGGUAAAAAAAAAUAUAUUUCAGUAUGUACAUUGAUAUCAAGAACGAUAAUUUCUGAUUCUAUCUACUUGAAAAGUGCCAGUAAUACAUUUUUUUUUUUGCCCACUAAGGCUGCGUUUAUAUUUCAUGAGUUAUCUAAUUUUCUGACAGACAAAGGAAUUGCAAUUUAUAACAAGACUCCUGAAAAACAGAUUAAUUUGUUUCAUUCUGAAGUGUGACGACAGCCUUAGACUAUUUUAGUUUCUAGUGUUAAUAUUUAUAGGUUUAUUUUUUCAUGAAAUUUAUGAUAUAAUUUGAUUUAUUACGACAAAUUGUAUGAUAUAGCGUCUUACUAUUAUAACGUAUGGUGUAUAGGCGAUGUAAAAAUGAUACACAUAUUAUAAUCAUAUAAAAGACAAACUUGUUACAAGUCAUGAAAUAAUGUAUAUAGAAAUAUUGUUGGGACAAAUCAUAUUUUCAUGUUAUCAUUGAUUUUAUUCUUUAAUCCAUAAUAUUGUUAUCUGCUUUAUAUUAUAGCCAUAGUUACUUCUACUGAGAGUCACCUUUUCCUUUAUUUUUUUGUUUUAAAAACUAUAAAUACAGCACUGCAGAACUUUUCACAUAUAUUAAUUUUAAAACAUUUUACAAAUAUUAUGAAAAUGUAUAUAAGUAUACAUGAUCUGACUAUAAUAUGUGUAAAACAUUUUUGCCUCUGGGCAUAUGAGCAUUUAAUUUCAAACAUUUUGUUGCACUUGAGAUGAUAACCAUAGAUUCUGUUUGGGAACUAUUAUAAAUGUUGUCACGUUGGCAAUUUUAGUUGACACUUAUUUUUUAAAAUUUGGACAUUAUGUGCAUUAAUUUCUGUCAGUGAAAUAUAUUGCAGUGAAUAUUUUACUUAUCUGCUAUACAAAUCCUAUAUAUAAUUAUUAAGGGUUGUUAAUUUGGAAUUUUAGCUCUCCAUACAAAAGAAAUUAUUUUUGAAAUUGGUUGUAAAUUAAUUGGUACUCGAGUUAAAAAUUUAUUUUAAAAAAAAAUGAGGAGUUCAUUCCUCGAGUUGUGUCCCUUAUAUAAAUAUACACCCCAUAUUAUUGACUACAGAGCUGGUCUUAUAUAUCUACCUCUUUCUAUUUGAAGAAGUGAAAAAUUGUUGAGAGCUGUGCCUUCAAUUGCCCCCUCUACCUGGUUAAAACAUUGAUUUGUAAUGUCAUGGAGCUCAAUGUAUAUUACUGUAAUAUUAGAGUAACUUCCCCCUGUUUUUUUUUUAUUUAGGUGAAGUAUUAUAUUAUUAACGUAACCGGUUUACAUGAUGUGAAAUUCUAUGUUUACUAUAUUAUCUCUACUUCUAUAAACACAAAACAUUUUAAAAUAAAAUAAAAACAUGUAGCAUUUGUUCUUGAUGCAGGGAAUUGUAUAAAAUAUAUAAAUAUAUAUAUUACCAUUAUCACAACUUAUCUUAUAUAUCUGUUACUGUACAGAAAAUAUAUCACAUUAUAUUCAUGUAUAUUCAGUAUAUGAUAUAUAUAUAUAUAUUAUAGAAUGUUAUGUACAGUUAUAUUAUCUCCUAUUCACACCAGAUGUACAUGUGGAGAGAAAUAAAUUUGUCUAUGCAAA